AUGGAAGUUGACAUAAAUAGAGAGUCCAGAGCUACCCUAUCCACCCUCCCUGUGCCUCUUGCAGAGGUGAAUCCUGCAGGCAGGAUGGAAGCAGAGAAGCCCCGCUGUUCCAGUACACCCUGCUCACCGAUGCGGAGGACAGUUGCGGGAUAUCAAAUCCUUCACAUGGAUUCUAAUUAUCUGGUUGGCUUCACGACUGGAGAGGAGCUGCUAAAAUUGGCUCAAAAGUGUACAGGAAGUGAAGAGAAUAAAGGGGAAUCUGGGACAAACCUACGCUCCAAACAGCUUGAUUCAGGACUUCCACGUUCCUCCCGUUUGUACAAAACUAGAAGUAGGUACUACCAGCCAUAUGAAAUCCCAGCAGUAAAUGGAAGGAGGAGGAGACGAAUGCCCAGCUCAGGGGAUAAAUGCACUAAGGCUUUACCAUAUGAACCUUACAAGGCACUUCAUGGUCCCUUGCCUCUUUGCCUUUUAAAAGGUAAAAAGGCUCAUUCAAAAUCGCUGGACUACCUCAAUUUAGACAAAAUGAGCAUAAAGGAACCUGCUGACACAGAAGUGCUACAGUACCAGCUCCAGCACCUGACCCUCAGAGGAGACCGUAUGUUUGCAAGAAAUAAUACAUGA